AUGGAUUGCAAAUACCAACGGUUGACUCCCAUCCUGGAAAAGCCUCGCGCCGAGUCUCUCGAUUCCUGCUCGACACUGGGUGACUUGGAGGAUUUGCAAAUCUCAUUGACAUCUGGUCGGAGCGUCGACCAUGUCCAGAGAUUGAGCACUGUGCGCCCGUUUCUGGCCUCGAAUUGGCUAUGGAUGGUCCAUGCGGUUCUGCUCGUGACUUCUUGCACGUUAUUCACCCUUUCUAUCACAAUCCGCUCAUCGACCUUAAAACAUGUGCGAGGGUUUUCUGCUUGGUCCCCUGCUGAGUCGGCCGUCGAAUUCAACUCCGUGAGGUAUAACAUCACUACCAAAGGAAAUAGAUUCGUCGGCGCUGGGCCUGAGGUGGAUAAAGCCUGGCGCGAGAUAUCGUACGAUGUCGGAGACCAAUGGAUACCGAAAUCUGACAUCAAGCACCUCGAAAUGCCGAAGACGUCGCUCAAAGUCAACCACCCAGAAACAGGUGAGGAAGGUUAUCGAGUUGGGAUGGAGGUUUUCCAUCAGCUCCACUGCAUCAAUCUCCUCCGGCGAGUAACAUACAAGGAGUAUUACGAGCCGCUGGGAGGGGAGUUUGGAAAGGGGCCAGAGGAGCUUCAAAGACAUACCGAUCAUUGCAUCGAGGUCCUCCGAUUAAACAUACAAUGCAACGCCGAUAUAGGACUCUUCACAUUCUACAUGAUCGAAGGUGAUCCGUUGGCCUGGCCAGAGCUCAACUCGAAGCAUGUCUGCCGGAAUUUCGACCAGGUGCGCCAGUGGGCCUUGGAGCAUUCGGUCGGAAAUAUGGAGGUUCUUUCUUGA